CCCCCUCCCUACCUCCCCCUCCCCCGUGAACUAUGCGUAACGUAACUAACAACAAACAAUAGUAACACCUGAGUACACAGGUGACUCAAAGUUUCAUUUUAUUAUGUCCCUCUUCUCUAGAUGCGAGUUUUUCACAAAGUAUUGAUCAACUUAGUCGUAGUAGUCACAUUUCUUGUUUUAUUUUAUGUGUAUAAUACCUCAGACUCGCUAUUGAAUCGUAAUAGCGCAGACGAGACGAUGGCUCCGGCUAGUGACGGAUCGAAGCCGUUCGCUUCAUUUUUAGUCAAUUCAAGUAACUCGACGCCCAAAGAAGAAGUAGAUGUUUGGUGCAUAUUCACUAAGGCAGCUGGAAACGCCCCCAUGAAGUACAAGCUGCUUACAUUUUCCCACUCGUUACUUGAGAGUGCCAACAGUGUUGUUGUUUCACUUCAUGUUAUUGUCGACACCUCCAGUCAAAGGAUUGCCCAGGAAAUACUACAGGGCGUGAAGGAAACCUUGAAAAAAGGCAUGAAGGUCACGUUCUACGAUGUAAACCAGAUUGCCAAGGAUCUUAAGUCACUUGUUGCCGCUAUGCAGCCACAUUUCAGCUCUCAACCGGGAUCAUACUACAGUGAUUCUCUUUUCUUUUUGUCAUUGGGCUUGCAUCACAUUGCCCCGUCAACAAUGACAAGGGCGGUUAUGUUUGAUAUUGACACCAAGCUGCGGUCAGAUGUCGGGAAAUUAUUCAACCUAUUUGAUAGUUUUGGAAAUGAUACACUUUUUGCCCUGGCUCCCGAGCUCUCACCAGUGUACCGCCAUGUACUCUAUACUUACCGUUCGCAAAACCCUACAUCUAAGAUUGGUGACCCAAUCGUAACGGGAGGGUAUCCAGGAUUGAAUAGUGGUGUGAUUUUAUUUGUGCUGGACAAGCUAAGGAUGUCAGCACAAUACCCCCAGCUUAUUCAAGCUUCAAAUGUAACUGCACUUGCCCAGAAGUACAGUUUUAAAGGACACUUGGGUGACCAAGAUUUUUAUACCCUUUUGGGCUUCGAGCACCCAGAGCUGGUGUCUGUUCUUCCAUGCAAUUGGAAUAGACAAUUAUGCCCUUGGUGGAGUGAACAUGGAUACCGAGAGGUCAUGCCUCAAUAUGCACACUGUGAAGGAAAGAUUCAUGUGUGGCACGGCAAUUGUAACACUCCUAUUCCUGCUUCCUAGUAAUUGCAUCACAAAUAUUACGCAGGUUUUCUCUUUCCUAUUUUAAGUUAUGUUGGUGAGGCAAUGUUUUAUAAUUAUUUUUUGUUGUUGUUGAGUAGGUUUGUGGAUAUUUUAUAAUAUUGUGAAGUUCAGUACACAAAGAGAUUUUAAUAUUUUAAAUAUUUUUAUGUAGGGACACUCUUUAUUAUUGUUUUUCUAGCAAUUGUUUAGUUGUAGAACUCUGAAGCUGCCUUGUUUUGUAUUAUUUAUGUUGACUUCCCUUUUAACAUUGUAUAUGUGACUUUUUUUUCUUCAUUUUUGUAAUGUGAUCUGAUCUGCUUUAAAGAGACUAUUUAUUAUUUUAUAAGAAUGAAAUUAAAGAACAAGUAUCAUGCCAUGGAAA